AUGAGAUAUCUGGGCCUCAUAUUGGAUGGCACCUGGUGCUUCAAAGAACAUUUUAAUCGUCUGGUCCCCCGGUUGAGAGUCAUCUCAGCCAAUGUCAGCAAGCUAAUGCCAAGGGUUGGGGGCCCAGAUGGGAAGGCACGUCGCCUCCACGCUGGCGUACUGAAUUCGGUGGCUCUGUACGGGGCGCCGAUCUGGGCGGAAGCCCUGGCCGUCAGUCGCCCGCUGCAAGCAACCUUUCGUAGAGUGCAUAGGACGCUGGAGGUUAGGGUGACCCGCUGUUACCGAACGGUUUCCCACGUGGCGGCGAUAGCUCUGGCGAGCAUGCCCCCCUUAGAACUCCUCGGUCUGAUGUACAAGAGAAUGUACAUCAGGAAGCGGGAGCUCAUUAGGGCGGGGGGUGGGGGGUAG